GAAUCUGAACUCUCCGCUCUGUGUUUAUCUCUGUCUUUGUAUCGGGAGUAGAGUCCUUUGGGAAAGUUAAAUGUCGGAGUGGUUGGGAGACGCGUAGAUAUGUGAAAGAUUCCUCACCAAUAACAAGUAUAUCGGAAUACUUUACUUGAUCCGCAAAAUUGUUUGGCCAGUAUCAACGUGGCUGUCCUUACUCAGACCUAAAUUCCCUGGCUGAAAAUUCUCUGUAAACUAUCACAAAGAUCAUCACUCUGGUCACACCUUCCACCUUGCCAUGAACAGAAGUGUGAUGGCUCCACCAGCAGGUGGUAAACAUUUUGUCAUUCCAACUUCCCUGUUGGAUGAUAUUAUAAGCCGGUUUAUUUACGAUGCCCCAGAGUCAGAGGUGAAGAAGCCCAUCUCGCUGUGCUUUCUGAUGGAAAUGGCCUAUUGGUUCUACCUGGAUGAAUAUGUUGAAGAAGAUGACUCACUUAACAACAUCAAAUUUGAUCUCUUUGCUCAACAGUUACUCAGUCGUGCUGGGAUCAAACCUGAGUCGGGUAGUGUGGAGGACAUGUUACAGGGCUUCAGAGAUUUCAAACAUCGUGUGCCAACAUAUGGUGGCCUUCUUUUAAACCAGGACCUAAGUCAUGUUCUCUUAGUUCAGGGUUUCUGGCAUCGAGUUUCUUGGGGAUUUCCAAAAGGGAAAAUUAAUGUGGAUGAAGAACCACAUUGCUGUGCCAUUAGGGAGGUUCUAGAAGAAACUGGAUAUGACAUAUCACACCUCAUUGACGAAAAUGUGUUCCUGGAGACAUCCAUUGGCGAGCAGUUUGUGAGACUUUACAUCAUCCCAGGUGUACCAAUGGAAACUGAGUUUGUACCACGCACAAAGGGAGAAAUCAAGCAACUGAAAUGGUUCCCAAUUCAUCAGUUGCCAGUACACAAAUAUGAUAGAAAUUUUAAUAAACUCAACGGGUCUACCAAUACGUUUUAUAUGGUCAUGCCUUUUGUCAAACCCUUAAGAGAAUGGCUUGCAAAUCGAACUCGAGCAUCCAAUGGGAAUGGGAAUGGCCGAGAGGGACGGCGACGCCACCGCAGCUCAACUACCAGUACCUCUGAUCGCCAGAAUUACAACCAGCUCCACCACAGUCAUUCCCCAGCUGCUACUCAAGAUGCACUGAGGAAAGCAACACCUGACACGUCUAAAAAGCAACAAAAUUCUGCAUUUUCCUCCCUGAUACAGGAAGAAAUUGAAGGUUAUGAACGCCUUAAAGCAGACAGUUCACCUCGGAGGAAAGAGAUGGGUGCCAAACCAAAAACAAGGAAAUCUCUGUUUGACGAAAAUCAGGAGGAAACCCCAAAAUUCACAUUCAGAAGCAGAGGGAAGGGCCGGAACAAAGGUGGUCAAACUGACAGCAUGGGGGGAGAAGCAGUAUCCAAGGGCUUCCGAUCUUAUUCUUGGCAGAUAUUCCAAAUUAACAAGAAGGAGGUCUUUGAAGCAGUGGACAGAGUGUGGGCAGAUGUGAUGUUGUCCUGGUAAUAAAGGGAGAAAAGCAGACCCUUAUUUGCUCAUGAGGUCAGGCACACUUAGAAGCAUUCCCCUCUGGAAAUAACGUGCACAAUUUUUUCCUAACUUUCUCUUUGUGUAUUUCCUUGUAGUGCUUAUUAUCUGUUUUAAUUUUAGGAAUUGGCGUUGUUACAUCUUUUCAUGUUAUUUUGUAAUGACAAGUGAUGUCACCUUUUUUUUGAAAUCACAUAUUAUUUUCUCAUCUCAUCGUUUCACAUUGUCUCUAUCACUUAUUUUUUUACGCUCCAUUCUGAGGAAUUCCACAGAAGUUUUGAUUUCUUUUGAGGUAUUUUUUCCCUUCAUUUUAUCAAGAUCAAAAUAUUAUACUUUAAUAUUAUUUAGUGUCUUUUGUAAAAAAUGCUCAUGUAGAUACAAAUGUAUUAACAAAGCUUUAAUUAUGACUGGUUUGAGAGGGCUCCUAAAUUAGAGUUUUAAUGGCUAAUUUGCAUGAAUGUUAGGAUCUUCCCAAGUAAUAACAGUGAGUCCAAACUGUCUCAAAAUAUGUUGUUACUAUUUUUAUUUGGAUUUUAGUACAAAUGAUUAAAGGAAGGAUAUAAACAAAGUAGUUGAGUAAUGAUUGAAUUUCAGCAUCUUUACUAUGUCCUCUUCAUUUCUGUUUCAGUUUUUCACAAGUAGGUAAUAUUUUAUUCUCAUGAUCAGAAUUUAUGAAUUAAAUUGUGUUUCUUUAUGUGUAUGUAAAGUCAUAGCAGAAGUAUAUAAUUGUAACUUUUUACAUGUGCAAUUUAUUUAGGAGUAUUUUAUAUACAAAUUAUAUUUCUUCAUGCUCUACAGUAUGAUCUUGUAACUCAACUUUUAAAUCCUUUUUUUCUAAUGGAAACAACCAUUUCUGAUCUCAUUAAAAUUACCUCACCUCUUGAUUGGCUUCAUUUUCUCAUAUGCACUUUUACUAAUGGAGAAGUUAUGAAUGAGAAUGAAUGGUUACACAAUUUAAGAUGUCUACUUUAUUCUUCAGUAUUACAACUUUAUCAGAAUUACAUCAUUCUGAUAAAGAUGCAAUAUAUCAAAACCAAACUUGGGUCUCUUUAAUUUUGUCAUUAUUUGUUUUCAUUCAUUUCUUCUUCUGUAUUUGUCACAAUGAACUCUGUUCAGCAACUUUACAAAAUCUUUUAUUGUUCUGCUUGUAAGCUUAAUUUUGAUGUAUCAACCAUAUCCUGACUUUAAAAUUUUGGUAAUUAUCUGACCAAUGUUACCCAGUGGUAAGUUAAGGGAACAGAAAUUGGUGGAAGGAAACCAGUGUAGGAUUUGUUUUUAUUAUUUUGAUAAUACAAAAGCUGGUGACUGAACAUGGUCCUGUUAUGUUAUUUCUGAAAGUAAGGAAACUGACAUUUACUUUUGAAUAUCAGGACAUAUAUUGUGAUCUUGACAUGGAUUACUGGAGAACUUUUCUUCUGCACUGUCAAUUUUUUGCUAUUCUUAAAUAGUUUAUGGUCAAUGCAUAUAUGGCUAUAUGACAUGCAAGAAUUGUAUACAAAAGAAGUUCUUAUAUUUUGAUAUUAUUUUGAGUUGUGUAUCAUAUGAACACUAAGAGAAAAGUCAAAAGAAAUUAUUUUUUUCUAGAUGGCAGUAGGGGUUCAGAUUUUCAAUCACCUUUUCAAAAUACCUAGUUUUGUUGAAACAUAUCUAGUCCAUUAUGAAGACUAGGCUGUUAUGAAGACUUGAGUAAUAGGACACAUGCCUAUGCUUUGAAGUGCUGUGAUAUGAUUCUGCACAGUGGUUGUUUUUGGUUAUAGAGUACAUUCAACACUUUUGUCUUUCAUUUAGGGAUGCUAAUUUAAUUCUCCCUUUUAAGAAAUUAAAGAUGAUGGGCCAGGGCCAUGAUACAAUGCUCUUUUUUGUCAAAAGUUAGUCUGUGGUGUCAUAUGAUGAAUUUAAUAAACAAGUGAGAUUAAUGAG